CCUCCUCCUCCUGCAGGCUCCCGGCAGAUUAAUUAAUUAAUUAUGCAUUUUCCCAUCCAGUUAUUGGAUUCCCUGAGCAAUAUAUCACACGCAACGACGACGACAUCAUCAUCUCCUGGAUCUCUUCCGAGAGGCAAUCCCACCUCUGGUUGAUCAGUGAUCGCAGCUUCACUUCACACUCCACCAACGCCGCAGCCAUCGCCGGCGAAUUCGCCGCCAACAGCGAUCCCUAUCCGGCUUGGCACAACUUCUCCCCUUCGAUGUCGGCCAGCAAGUUUCAGCAGCAAUCGAUGCUCACUCUCAGAGGCUCCCUCCUCUCUCUCGCAAUCCUAACCUUCGUCUCCCUCACUUACCUCUCCCUCAACUCUCUCCACUCCUCGUUCUCCUCCUCCGCGCAGUCCUCUCCCGCCGCAAUCUCGGCCUCCGGGAAGCAGAUUAUUCAGCCGCUAAGAGAGACGGAGGCUUCGGCGGGGCAAGAAGAGAGCGGAAAUGCGAAGGAGGACGAGGAGGCAGGGAGGAGCGAUGGCGACGACGAGAUUACGGAUCUGUACCAUUACCCGGAGGUAUUCAAGUUGAAUUACGCGGCGAUGGAGGAGAAUUUCAAGGUUUAUAUCUACCCGGACGGUGAUCCGAAAACGUUUUAUCAGACUCCGAGGAAAUUGACGGGGAAGUACGCGAGCGAGGGCUACUUCUUCCAGAACAUUAGAGAGAGUAAAUUCAGAACUGAGGAUCCGGAUCAGGCUCACCUCUUCUUCAUCCCGAUUUCAUGUCAUAAGAUGCGAGGCAAGGGUACUUCGUAUGAAAACAUGACCAUAAUUGUUCAAAAUUAUUUGGACGGCUUGAUAGCCAAGUAUCCUUACUGGAACAGGACUCUUGGCGCAGAUCACUUCUUUGUCACAUGUCAUGAUGUUGGUGUAAGAGCAACUGAAGGUGUUCCAUUUCUUGUGAAAAAUGCAAUUCGAGCAGUUUGCUCCCCAAGUUAUGACGUUGGAUUCAUUCCACACAAAGAUGUUGCACUUCCUCAAAUUCUGCAGCCAUUUGCCCUCCCUGCUGGAGGCAAUAAAUGCAAUCAAAUAUUUCUCCGUAGUGAGUGUCGACAUUGUUCCCUAACCAGAACCAUGGUUUGCAGGACUACUCUUGGCUUCUGGGCUGGCCAUAGGAACUCCAGAAUUAGAGUUAUACUGGCACGUGUUUGGGAAAAUGAUACGGAGCUCGAUAUUUCGAACAACAGAAUAAGUAGGGCCACAGGACAUCUCGUGUAUCAGAAAAGAUUUUACAAGACUAAAUUUUGCAUAUGCCCAGGAGGUUCGCAGGUCAACAGUGCUCGAAUAACAGACUCAAUCCACUAUGGUUGUGUUCCUGUGAUAUUAUCCAACUACUAUGACCUGCCAUUCAACGACAUCAUUGACUGGAACAAAUUCGCUGUUGUACUGAAAGAGAAAGACGUGUAUCAGCUGAAGCAGAUCCUCAAGGACAUACCACAUGAGAAGUUCCUCGAGUUGAAUAAGAAUGUAGCCAAGGUACAGAAGCACUUCCAGUGGAAUUCACCACCGGUCAAGUACGAUGCAUUCCACAUGGUGAUGUAUGAUUUGUGGCUGCGUCGUCAUGUCAUCCGAUACUGAAUGUUGAAACGAGAAUAGCUUGUAAAUUUUCACAUCCCUGGUCGCGUCUGUUGCUCACUAUUAUUUGAUUUGUUCUUCAGACUUUUACACAUUCGAAUACCUUCCACAGUUCAUCUAGGCUGUAGAUCCUUUGCUGUGUUGUUUUUCUCCCCCUAUCGUUUCGAGCUGUAACAAGGUUGUAACAUGAAAAAGAGAUAGUAGACAGGGUGGGAGAGAUUGGUUCUUGGACAUCUUAUAGGAAUUUCGGAGCAUCUGUGUCACUGUUGACCUCUUGGCUUCUUGUUGUUCAGAGGAGUAAGCUUUGGUUCUUGAACUCAUCAGAAAGAGCUUCCCAAAUCUUGAGCUCCUGGUGGGAUUAGAGGCUUGGGAAGAAUUGGCAUUUUACUGUUAGAUCAAUUUUCAUAGUUGUUUGUAAUACGGAGAUUUUAUGAACUAGUUAAAAACUUGAAAGCGUAAGAAGUGCAGCUGACGGGUACACUAUCUGUGAGAACCAUGAGGAGUCUAUAUGCACUGUUUAUUCCAUUGCCAGCAUGCGACUAUAAUUUGGACGUCUUCUG